GAACACUUGAUAGAUCCAUCUAUGGACAUUCACGGCCGCCAGUUACAGUCGGCGAAACAACAUCAGGUGUUCGUAAAUUUCCGGGGAGAUGAGUUACGGUUCGGUUUCGUCAGCCAUCUCGUGGAAGCUCUCCAGAGACACCAAAUCAACGUUUUCAUAGACAAACUCGAGAGAAUAGGGGAAGAUCUCACCAAUCUCUUCGUGAGAAUAGAAGAGUCCACAAUCGCGUUGGUCAUAUUCUCCAGGAGAUAUACGGAGUCGAGAUGGUGUUUAGACGAGCUCGUGAAGAUCAAUCAACUCACAGAUCAAGGUUUGCUCAAGGUUAUUCCCAUCUUUUUCAAAGUGGAACCAGUGACUGUGAAACAACUCAGGGGAGCGUUCGGAGAUCAAUUUAGGGAUCGAGAGUGGGAGUAUCGGUGUGAUAAACCAAGAACCGAGAGAUGGAGAGACGCUUUAGCUUCUGUUUCUUGCAAAAUUGGUCUCACUUUUGAGAAGAAAAGUAACGAAAGUGAAUUCGUUAAGAUAAUUGUUAAAGAAGUCAAGAAAAUGGUACAACCGCAAGAGAAUUAUGUGGUUGUUCCAUUUCCAGGAAUAAGAAGAAGAAGAGAUACUUCUUCUCAUGGAAGGCAAUGUCAAGAAGAACAAGUGGUACUAUCUAGAGAGAGUGCUGUUCUUGUUCAAGAAAAUUCCAAAAUUGCUAACCAGAUUGCUGUGGUUUCCAUGCGUUACAUGGAUAUCGAAAGCGAGAACAGUGUUAUAAGGGCCCAGCUUGGGGAGCUAAGUGAGCGGCUGCAGUCACUGAACUCUAUCAUCGAGGUUGUGGAAGGAGUGGUGGGAAAGGUUCCUGAGAUUCCUGAAUUUUUGAUGAACCCUUGGCAAAUAAUGUCUACCUCUUCACAGCCAAUCACAGCCUCUGCUGAUAUGUUUUAUUAUCCCUAAUGUUCUCUCUUUCGUUAUGUGUGUUUUGCAUAAUUAAUUAUCCACAUCUUGUUAUUGAAUCCUCCCUUGAUAUUAUGAAUUUUGUUAGAAACACAUCUAGCUAUUUUCAAUAAUACUUUACAGCCAUUGUACUUUUUGAUCAUCAUAUCGAGUUGUAUUACAUCCUAAUUUUCUUUA